CAAUUUGUCCAUACUGUCUUCGGACACGGCAGCUGAACUUGAGUGGCAAGGCGAACACACUAGAACCCUGUAAUACGGUUAAGCGUAAACUGAAAUGAAUGCGUUAUCUCAAACGUUAGCACUUCUGUGUAUUCAUCUGCUUUUACCUAAACAUGGAACGACAACAAAGUACGACAGAAACAAGGCUUGUCUUAAGCCGCCUACGAAGAACUGCACCACCGUCGUGUACAAAUGGAGUUUCAUUGAAGAACUCAAUGGCUGCUACCAAAAUUAUGUGUGCUCAGACAACAUAAACAAAUUCGAAGAUAAGUUCAAGUGCGCAAGGGCGUGUCCACCACGUGUCGGUGCAAGAAACAGUUCUUGCGUCAUACCACCGACCGUGGAGGACUGCAGCAUUGUACAUCGAAAGUGGAGUUUCGUGCACGAGGCCAACAGGUGCGAAAUAACCUAUGUCUGUUCUAAUCACCCCAAUCGAUUCCACGCAAAAGAGGACUGCGAGGCAACUUGCCCGCCACUUACAGAUCACACACCUCUACCAAGAGAUGACUGCUGGUAUUGGAUCAAACAUUUAGACCAGUGCAGAUUCAAACGUGACACCUUCUACCCUGACUAUUACGGGCGAAGGCAGCGUACUUUACUAUACAGGUUCUGUGGAGAAUCAAACACGAAAUUAUAUGCUUACUACUACAAGAUUAGGAAUUGUACAGAAAUUGUGGUGCGAACGUGGUGAUCAAGAAAUAUGUUUAUAGCUGAAGAAUAUUGUAACAAUCUCUUACUUCUCUCCGAACAUAAUUUCAAUAAAGUGCAGCAAGUGGAACCCAACUCGCCUUUGACACUUUUCUUGCUGUACCCAGUGAAGCCUUUUACGUCAAAUUUCACCUAAAGAAUGAAACGUAACUCUAAAUAAAUAUAAUAAGCAAAUCAUUGUG